CUCGUUGUCCUCCUGUCUCGUCUCGGUCUGUUUGCGCGUGCUCCGUUGCCAUGGUGAUCAAUUCGACAACAAGUGGCGAUACGUCGGCGUCGUCGGUGCGCCUGAACAAAAUCCUCCGCCGAUUAAAAAAAACUCUGGGUUUUAAGGGCCGUUUUUUGCCCUUUCAAAUGUGUGAGGGACCUUCCACAAUAUCUGGGCCAAUCCCCCCAGAUCCCUCGCUGCUCCCUCACUACUACAAACGACCUGCUUCAGCUCGUGGUCGUUUAGAAGGAAACCAUGAUAAGACAGUGGCCCUUCUCCUGGGUCCACUUGCUCCAGAUCCUGUCUUAUACCCAGACAGCUACAGUGCUCGCACACCAUCCUGCCGCCCCCGCAUUGGCCCUAACGCUACUCAUAUUCUGGAACAUGGACAGAGAGGGAUCGUGGGAGAGCUGCUAAAACUCGAGGGCUUCUCUGGAACUCCUGUUCCCAAACAGAAACAGAAAGUACAUGACUUUGGUAAGGAGAAUGUACGUCGACUCCGGGAGAUCCAGAGACGCUGCAAAGAACAGGAGGCUGAGAGAACCCAGACCCGUCCCGUCCCAGUCAAAGCUCUAUGGACCUCCGCAAAAUACCAGAACGUCCCGUCUAGGGUGAUGACUCAUUUAGAGGUUUCUAGUCCAUCUGUGAAGCCUGAGUGUCAAAAGUUUCUAAAGGCCCACUCUAAAGGUGGCCCGUCCACGUUACCACGCCCUUCCACUGUGGCUUUGCAGCGCCCAGCCUCCUCUAGUUCAACACAGGACCAUGACUUCAUGGUGGGAUUUAACUAAAUCACGUUUUCUUAAUAUUA